AUGCAUCACACCUCCUCAUUCCUCACCCACAUUCCCACCUCCAAUCCUCAAUCUUCAUUCGUCGACCCUCUAGCUAAUAUAAUUCACGUAACAGCCGAAAGCAGUACCGGUAUCCACGCAGCACCUAAUAUGCAACUAGAAGAAAUAAGCAGAAGAUUUACUAGAUAUCUUUUCACAUCCCGCUAUCUAGAAACCUACCUAGUAUCUGCAUGA